AUGUCAGAUGAUGAACGUUUGUCCCUCCAUUCCUACGAUCCAAUUUAGGAUGGGGAUGAUGAUAUCGAUGAGUUUUACAAGGAAUUAAGUUUGCAAUUUUAUGGGGAAGAGAAAAAAAAGAAGGUAUCACUUUUGAUGUCAGGUUCAACUUAAGAGACCAAUAAGCCUAGUAGAGACACAUUACCUGAUGUCAAGAGAGGUUUCUUAUUUGUGAAGUAAUCCUCAAGUCGACCGGGUAGUCCGAAAUGUGAUCGUAAUCAGGUGCAAAGGAAAUCUCCAAAUCAAAAGUUAUAGAGCAGUCCCACUACUGUAAAAAUGAUUCAAACGAAGAAACUAAUUUAAUUGCUUCAGUCCCCUUACAAUAAGAAAAAUAAGUAAUAACAAACAUUUUUGAAGAAAUAGAUUGACAUGAUUAAAAAGAUUCAGGUAUAAGAAUUAAAGGAACAUUAUUAUAAAUGA